UCUCCCAUGUGCUCCUGCUGGCUUCCAGAGAGGGAGGCUGGGAAAGUAACAAAACAAAGAGAGAAAAAGAGGGGCCGCUUCUAUUCUUCUAUCGCUCGGUAAUUAUCUCAGCGCUCAUCCUAGAGAAUAUUGGAAGCACUGCGGCGGCGAAUGGCGAUGGCGACGCCUCUCCUCCCUCUCCUCCUCCUCCUGCUCACCUUAGCCACCGUCUCCGCCGACAAAUUCACCGUCGGCGACUCCAAGGGCUGGAAUCCGGGCGUCAACUACACCGUGUGGGAGAAGAAGAAUCGCCCCUUCCACGUCGGCGACUGGCUCGUGUUCUACUAUCAGGAGGGGAUGGCGGAUGUGGUGGAGGUGGACGAGGUGGCGUACAACAAGUGCGACGCGUCCAACCCAAUCACCAACUACAGCAAGGGAAGGAGCUUCGCCUUCGAGCUCAAUCACAGCCAGAUGUAUUACUUCAUUUGUAGUUAUGGCUACUGCUACCAGGGGAUGAAGCUCGCCAUCAAGGCCGAGCCCCUCACCCCGCCGUCCUCUCCUCUGUCCCAGAAGACCUCCAGCGCACCAUCUAUUGUUCCAAGAUCCGCCGCCGCCGUUACUCUCGCCUCCGCCGCCGCCGCCCUUACCGCUCUGCUCCGGUUAGUGUAAAAGGAAGGGCAUUUCGUACUUCCCCUAUUUUCGUUUUUUUCGUUUUGUCUUUCAUUGAAUGGAUGUUGUUUGCGAGAGAACGAGAGCGAGCGAGCGUGAGGAGUUGGUUUGCCAUCUGAAAUUUGAAUAGAAAGAUAUGAUGUUUUUUUUUU